AUGCCACAACUCAAGAGGUCCAUUGGCGAUUACGAUGGGGACAACGAAGCUCAUGACAAGCUCCAUGCGUCUGCUGAUUUCAACGGACCAGUGGAAGAACGCUACUGCACAGAUCUCCUAUGGUUGAUCUUGUUGUGCCUUUGCUGGGCUGCCAUGACAGCAGUGGGAAGUUACGCCGUCUACAAUGGCGAUUAUCGAUUGGUCUUGUAUCCUCUUGAUUACGAUGGGAACGUAUGUGGGGCGGAUCUCAAUGAUCGGGAUAUGACCGAAUAUCCUUUCUUGUAUUAUACCAACGCUGUUGGGGGUGUCUGUGUCAAGGAAUGCCCAUCGCUAGUAGGAAGAACAGCUGAUAAUGCUACAGAUCUUUACACGUUGGUCACCUACACUGGUGUCUAUCAGUCGACCACUGGUUUGGCCACGGUUUCAGCCGACAUAGUCCAAGUAGCCGACUACAGCUACACACUCAACCGAACAGGUGAUGAUUCCAAUAGCACCAGUCUUUCUGUAACUUUGAUCGAUACCAACAACUUUCAAUGUACCGAAGACUUGUGCAUUGGUGACUCGUUGGAAGCCUCAUGGAAGACGACUGGAAUCAAUCGAGGGUUUGGAUUUGCCUACUAUCUGGGAGAUUCCUUUCCACUCUUUCAACGUUGCUUCUUGACGUCCGAAGCUCGCGAUCAGAUUGCCAAUUUGACAAAUGCGGCAGGUGAUGCAGAUGACUUGUUUGAAGAUGUCAUGUCGAAGAGCAGCGACUUGGAGGGAACCACGGACUUUAUUUCCAACCUGUACGGUGACUUGUGGACCACACGACUGUACAUUCUAGGAUUUGGGUUUGGUGCUAGUUUGGUCAUUUCCUUGUGCUACAUGGUGCUCUUGAGGAUUCCUUGGCUACUUUCGGGGCUCAUUUGGCUGUCCAUUUUUUUGAUGAUUGCCAUGUUUGCAUUUGCAGGGUGGUUUGCUGUAGGGAAGGCCGACGAGUGGGAGGCCGAAAAUCCACCAGUAGUUGGAGAGGAUCAAGUCACUGGCACCAGAAUCGUUGGCUAUGUCUUGUAUGGUAUUGCUGCUUUCUUGUUUCUGCUGGCCAUUUGCAUGCGGAAACAGAUUCAAUUGGCUGUCAUGUGUGUCAAAAAGGCAGGGGCGGCUGUCAACGAUAUGGUAUUCAUCUUUGCAAUUCCAAUCUUGCAAGGAAUCGGAUUCCUGGCCUUCACCGCUGUGUGGGCCUGGUACGGCAGCCAUCUUGCCAGUUUGGGAACCAUUACCCUGGAAACCAUGGAUGUUCCAUUGACCGACUAUGCAGUGCCCGUUCGCUCGUACGAGUACAGUAAAGACAUUCGACAGCUGGGAUGGUUCUUGCUCUUUUGCUUUUUCUGGACGGCCAGUUUCAUUCUUGCUAUUGGUGAAAUGGUCAUUGCUGUGGCGGUCUCCAAGUGGUACUUUACGGCGGAACGACGGCUCAUUACUCAACAUUUGCCCUUUUCGGCGCUUUGGACGACGAUCGUUUACCAUUUGGGCACAUGUGCCUUUGGAUCUCUGAUUAUUGCCAUUAUCAAGAUGUUGCGAGCCAUUUUGACAUACAUCAAGAAACAAAUUUCGGAAAUGUCCAACGAAAAAGUUGCAAACUGUCUGCUUUGCUGUUGUUCGUGCUGCCUUUGCUGCCUUGAGAAGUGUGUUGAAUUUAUCAAUGAAAAUGCCUACAUUCAGUGUGCCAUCUUUGGUACUCCAUUUUGUGAAUCAGGCCGCAAAGCCUUUUACCUCAUUUUGCGCAAUGCCGCCCGAAUUGGUGCCGUUUCAUAUGUUUCGGCGGCUGUUUUGAUUGUUGGAAAGCUCUUCAUUGCCGCAUUGACUACAUUCUUGGCAUAUUAUUCGCUGACCGAGCAUCUCGAAUUGGAAGUUUGGAGUUUCGCAGGCCCAGUUGCAAUGAUCUUCAUUAUCAGCUAUUUCAUGGCAGACAUGUUUAUGGAUGUAUUUGAUAUCAGUAUUCUCUGUGUCUUGCAUUGCUUCAUUGCCGACGAAGAAAUGUUUGACGGCCAGGCACGCUAUGCCGAUGGCAAUCUCAAGGAAUUUGUGGACAAGCAUGGUGGCAUGGAAGGAUGA